ACGUGAUCACGUGAUCAUCAUCUGUAGUUUUGUAUUUUGUAAACAUGCUCAUGUCAAAAAAAUAGUUUUCUCUGCUCGGUAUAUUAUCUAAAAACUAAAUUCUAAUGCUUUCACUUUUUUUCUAAAUUUAAAUACAGUGAAGUGUAGUUAUAUAAACGUCGCAUCUGGGAAAUGGUGUGUUUUUCGGUGUGCACAUAUCGAUAAUGAUUUUGCCAAGGAUCGCUCAGAACUUGAAUACUUGGUACAGUGUUUUUCGCAAAGCUGGAAGUUUUAAAUGUGAUCCUAUAUGUUUUAAAACCUGUAAUAAUUUUUACGGUACAUCUCCAAGGAAUGUAGGAUUGAGUAUAUUAGCAACCAAGUCAUUAAAUAUUAAUAAUAUUCGAAAUAUGGCCGAAGCUAGUUCUGCUACGCAUCAAAAAUUGAAUCGAUUAGCUGAUGAAAAAAGUCCUUACCUCUUACAACAUGCAACAAAUCCAGUCGAUUGGUAUCCAUGGGGAGAAGAAGCCUUUGAUAAAGCUAAAGCAGAAAACAAGCCCAUAUUUUUGUCUGUAGGAUAUUCCACAUGUCACUGGUGCCAUGUAAUGGAAAAAGAAUCUUUUGAGAAUAAUUCUGUAGCAGAAAUAAUGAAUGAACAUUUUGUUAACAUAAAAGUUGAUAGGGAAGAGCGACCAGAUGUUGAUAAAUUGUAUAUGUCAUUUAUUCAGGCCACAGUUGGUGGUGGUGGAUGGCCCAUGUCAGUUUUUUUAACACCUGACUUGGAGCCAAUAGUUGGUGGAACAUAUUUCCCUCCAGAAGAUACAAAGUAUGGCCGACCAGGAUUUAAAACUGUCCUGCUCACCAUGUCAAAUCAGUGGAAAACAAACAGGAAUACAUUGAUGAAAUCAGGAAAACAUUGUCUUGAUGUGUUGCAAAAAGCUACAAAGUCUUCAGACAAAGCUUCAACAUCAUCUGAGCCAGUAGACGUGCCACACGAAGAUUGCUGGAAGAAAUGUGCCCUUCAGUUAUCCAGGGCUUAUGAGGCUGACUUUGGAGGAUUUUCAGUUGCUCCAAAAUUUCCACAGCCAUCAAAUUUUAACUUUCUGUUUCACAUUUAUGCCAGUGAGAAGGAUUCUGAACGGGGUUUUCAGUGUUUGGAAAUGUGCCUGCACACUUUGAAAAAAAUGGCUUAUGGAGGAAUCCAUGAUCAUGUUAAUACUGGUUUUGCUAGAUAUUCAGUUGAUGAUAGAUGGCAUGUUCCUCAUUUUGAAAAAAUGCUGUAUGAUCAAGCUCAAUUGGCGGUGUCUUAUUGUGACGCUUAUGUUGUCACUAAGGACCAGUUUUAUGCUGAUGUUGCUAAUGAUAUUUUGACUUAUGUUUCAAGAGAUCUGAGUCACCCUUUGGGAGGAUUUUAUGGAGCUCAAGACGCUGAUUCUUAUCCACACGAAGGGGCCGCACAUAAACAAGAAGGAGCUUUUUGUGUUUGGGAAUAUGACGAUAUCGUCAAUCUACUAGAUCAGGAAACCAACGGCGUUAAACAUUCCGACGUCAUUAUUCAUCAUUACAGCGUCAAACCGGAAGGCAACGUCAAAUCUUCACAAGAUCCGCAUGGCGAGUUAACAAAGAAAAAUGUUCUCAGCUGCUUUGGUUCCUAUGAAUCGACAGCACAAAAGUUUAACAUAACCGUCGAAGUUCUAAAGGAUAUUCUUGCCAAAUCUCAUAAAAUUCUAUAUGAGGAACGUCAAAAAAGGCCCAAACCUGAUACCGAUACCAAGAUAGUCACUUCUUGGAAUGGGUUGAUGAUAUCUGGUUUUGCGAAGGCUGGUUUUGUUUUGAAGAACGAAGCGUAUAUAAAUCGUGCCAUUCAAGCUGCUAACUUUAUCAAAAAGUUUUUAUAUGAUCAUGAUAAUAAGAUUUUGUUAAGAUGUUGUUAUAAAGGAGAAAAUGAAGAUGUUGUUCAAACUGCAAUACCUGUUCAAGGCUUCUUGGAUGAUUAUGCCUUCUUGAUCAGAGGUUUAUUAGAUCUGUAUGAAGCAUCUCUGGAUGCUGAUUGGUUACAAUGGGCUGAAACUUUACAAGAACAACAGGAUGCCUUGUUUUGGGAUGAGAAGAAUUUUGGAUAUUUUAAUAGUCCAGCUGGUGAUGGUAGCAUUUUGAUCAGAGGCAAAGAAGAUCAGGAUGGGGCGGAACCAUGUGGUAAUUCGAUGGCUGUGCAUAAUUUGAUUCGAUUGGCGAAUUAUUUGAAACGCGAGGACUUAAGAGACAAAGCUGGAAAAACGUUGACUUGUUUUUCAGAACGUUUGAAGUCUAUUCCUGUGGCCCUGCCAGAAAUGUGCUCUGCUUUAAUGCUGUAUCAGAAUUAUCCAACCCAGGUUUUUAUCGCCGGCCCGACCGAGGAUAACGACACCCAGGCCUUGUUAGACGUGGUGCGUUCGCGCUUCAUGCCCGGUCGCAUCCUCGCAGUGGCGGACGGUCCGGGUGGCAGGGCGGGCCUACUAUACCAACGCAUCGAAACCUUCCAAAGACUCAGACCGGUUCACGGCAAAGCAGCCGCUUACGUUUGCCGUAACUUUGCCUGUAAUUUACCCGUAACUGAUCCUAACGAACUGGCAUCGACGCUCGACGAUGGCAGUGUUACAGAGGGUGAUAAAAAAUAAACACGAGGUUAGGUUAGGUUCUGUUUGCCGGUGAUUAUAGAUCGGGUACUGAAUUGGUUUAGGAUUAAUUUAAAGCGCGUAUAUAGACCUGCGUUUAGGUAUUGAGGAUAACAAUAGUCGUCCUUUUUUCAAUAUGUACCUAUUUUCAAAUGAGAUUAGGACGUCCAUGUCUACAAGAAUAUAGUUUAAUGCAAAACUAUUAAGCUUCAUUCAGAACCUCUAAAUUACUAAAUUAGUGAUUUCAGUUACACUUUAUACUUUUUAGUUUACGAUCAUUUACAAUGUCUAAAAAACACAAUUAAAUUUAAUAGAAUAUCCUAAGAACAGCUUGCGGUAGUCAGUUGUAUCCAUACAGAAAGCCUAAAUAUUUAGCUUAUAAAACUAAACUUUUGAUUUCAAACCACAAUUAUUUUUUAAGACGGAGGAUAAUCAAAGGCCAAAUGACAUUCCUCGCAAAUUUUGAAAAGUAUAAGUACUAGAAAAGUUAAAAGUUUGUUAAUUUUUUCUACUAAUUGAAAAUGACUACCACUAAUUUUGACGUUAUGAAUGCUUUCAUUGAAAUUAGAGGAACAAGCUUUUACGCUCAUUUAUUCCACUGAUUUGGAGGUUCUGAAUCAAGCUGUAAGGAUCUAAAUUUUACGUGUGUGCUGCAUCUACCAUCAAUACCUGCACGCAGCCCAAUUAUUAACCACUUUGGAAUUUGAAUUAAUGAUUUGACAAUGUAACAGAAUCAGCUAAAUUGCGUCAUUUCCAUCAGUUUUCCAUCUUUUU